CCGUUGAGCCGCGAGCGUGCUGUGUGGUAUAUAUGAUACCUAAUAUUAACUUUAUUGAGGCGAACCGGUGGCAAAAAUGCUGAUGCUAAGCCAAGCUCCAGGAGGAGCUCUAUCAGCCAGAAAAUGUGUCCUGAGUUCUACAUCCACAUUCACAACGAACCCACCGCUCUUCCCUAAACGCAAACCCAAAUUCGCCCCCAGAUUAAAUCUUGCUAAACCCCUUAAUCUUACGCGUGCUAAGGCGGAGAGGGGUGUCGAGUCAAAUUCCACAACAAACCAGGCUUUCUCGGCAUCUACAACCACUCCUCCUUUUGACAAUGACCAAACUGUUUUUGUUGGUCAAGAGAAUGUUCCCUUGGAAGGUGUCAUUCAGUUCGAGAAACCCAGUUCCUCAUCUUCACGUUUAAACAAAUGGGGUCGUGUGGCUUUGCUUGCCGGUGGGGAUGUUUUGUCCUUGCUUUUGUUCACUGCAAUUGGAAGAUUUAGUCAUGGAUUCUCUGUUUUUGAUGCUGAUACCCUGCGCACAGCUGAUCCUUUCGUUGCGGGGUGGUUUUUGGGUGCUUAUUUCCUUGGAGGUUUUGGGGAGGAUGGUCGUGGGAUGAAUGGUCUGUCGAAGGCUGUUAGUGCUGCGGCUAAAUCAUGGGCCGUUGGUAUUCCUCUAGGGUUGAUUAUAAGGGCGGCAACAGCAGGCCAUAUUCCACCAUUUACAUUUAUUUUGGUUACCAUGGGCAGCACUGCUGUUUUACUUGUUGGAUGGAGAGCACUACUGUUCAGCUUUCUCCCAAGUGGUAAAACCAAGAAGAAUGAUGUAUACCGCCGUGGUAGCCCAUUUGAAUUGUUUGAGUUGCUCACGUCCUUAAUACGAAGGUGGUGAUUGUGACAGUUGAUCCUAUGUUAGUGUAUCAUAUUGAUAUUCUCUAGUUUCUUUAUUGUUCCUCUUAGUACCUUUUGACUCCUAUGUAACAGGGGAGAAAUAUUUUGGAAGUGUGUUUAUAACAAAUCAAUUUUGUUUUGUCAAGUAUCUAUACUAAUGGACUCGCUUAUGUUGUUUUUCUGUGAAUGUAAGACAAAAAGUUGUAAAAAUUUAGUAACAGAAACAAAAGGCAUUGGCUCAUUUGGAACU